CAGACCAUCACCUUCCUCGCGCACCUCAAGUUCGUGUGCGGGGUGGGCGGACCGCACCUGGUGGUGGUGCCGCUGUCGGUGCUGUCCAGCUGGAUGAGCGAGUUCCGCAAGUGGUGUCCCUCGCUGCGGGUGGUGCGGCUGCACUCGGUGGACCAGGAGGAGCGGAGGAGGCUGGUCAAGGAGGUGUUGGGCAACCCCGCCAGCUUCGACGUGGCGGUCACCACCUACGACAUGGUCAACAGCCAGCACUUCGGGCACAGCCUGAAACACACGCUGGUGUGGCGCUACCUGGUGCUGGACGAAGGUCACAAGGUGAAGAACGAGGAGACGCGCGUGUCGGACGGCAUGCGACACAUCUCCCGACAGCAGGUGCUGCUGCUGACGGGGACACCCAUACAGAACAACCUGCACGAGUUGUUCGCGCUGCUGUCCUUCCUGUACCCAGACGUCUUCACGGACGCAACGCGAUUCGACGAGGCGUUCAACCUGGGAAAGAACAAG